GAACCUGUGCCCAACUAUACUCAGAGCCAACUACCGUGGGUGUGAAUCUCCGACGGGUCCGAAGAGUUGUAUACCGCGCUUUUCCUUCUCUGGCUAUUUAGGAUGCAGUGUGCACACAGCCCGCUACCCGUGCGUUGAGCUAUUCAUGACACUUCUUUUGUUCUGACAACUAUGGACCCUCUCUCUGUUCUUACCACAGUAAUCUCGACAGCGAAAUUUCUCAUCGAUUGGGUGGAUGCUCGCAAAAGCCAGGAAUACACCCUAUCGGAUAUUCAACGCACAGUCCGUAACAUUCACGGGAGUGUGCUGUGCUCUCUCUUGGACAAGUCCAGCUCACAAGCAUUAGAUCCACGAAUCCUUGGUCCACUCGAAACCCUGCAUGAUAUUCUACGUAGAACACAGGAUCAUCUGGUGGGGUGGGAGCACUCGAGAUCGAAACCAAUGGGCAAGCUAAGGGCUGCCAUAAAUCCUUGGGCGAUACUUGACAAGCUCAAGACGGACGAGAAGAAGCUCAUGAUCUCCAUGCAAAUCCUAGGAACCGCGAUGAUAGCCAUCUAUUCCCCAACGCAAUCCUCUAAGAAGCGGAGAGCAAUACCCAUCGACAUCUCGUCGAACGCGGACUUGAGGGCUUUCUGGAUGUCGGAAAUCGGUGAACAAAUAUCCUAUUGCUCAGCUGAAUUUCUUGCGCUGGCAUUAAGUCGAUACCUCAAUGUCCAGACGAAAGCACAAGCCAAAGAUUUAUUGGCGUUAAGGCUUGAUGAAUACGGUGCCGGAUGUAUAACUUUGGCCAAUUUUGACGCCUUCGUGGGAGGACGGCCCUUAAUGGAAGCUAUGAUGGAACUCGGUUUAGUGCAGGUUCUUCCUUUUGCUGAAAGAUCAGACUUAGGAACCAAAUCGAUGCUCCCAGAUACCAACAGUAUCACACCCAUACUUGUUCUUGUUGAUGACAAUCCAGAAAACCAGCUCGAGACUUUGGAGCAUGCAAGGGCGCUGGGUGUAGACAGGUAUGUCUUCAAGUCCACUGCAGCUGCAAAGAACUGGAUUGAAUGGAAUGAAGAUAUGCUACGCCAGGCCGACCAAAUGAAUCGACUUCGGAUAAUGUCCGACAACUCACGAUGGGAAGAAGAUAUUGAUUCCUGUCAAAAGUCACCAGAACCCAGCAUGAACCUCAGAGCUGGCGAAACCAUCCUUCGGUACCUUCGUGGCCGUCAGUACAGAGCUCCUGUCCUGAUUUACGCUGGCCUCAGUAUGCCAAUGACAAAUUACGUCCUACAAUAUUCUAACUCCGGCUCAACAUGUUACCAGGAGGUCGUGGAUAGUUUCCUUGACGGUCUCUUAGACCCAGAGAAAGCUGAUGAUGGUUGGUGGCGAGAUUACGAUGUCGUGCCAAAAGGGAGCGUCAAGCCAUUAUUGAUCUGGGUCGACGACGACAUAGGCGGACAUACGUUCUCCUUAGAGUACGCAAAGUCAUUGAACAUUGAAAUUGUCCCGUUCGUAACGACCGAUGCUGCAAAGUUAUGGAUUACCUCAAAUGAGAUUAUACUCCGUCGCAUGGAGGGGGCACAUCUUCUACGGUUUAUAUCAGACAACUCCCGACUGGAGGGACCAUUUUACGUUGGAGGCCCGCAACAACUCAAUCGAGGCGCUGGAAAACAGUUCCUUGAAUUUGUGCGUUCAAACGGAUAUCUUUCCCCGUUUCUGAUAGUGUGUCGCAACGUUGGCGCCACGAGAUAUGUCUGCGAUCAUGAAAACGCGGGAUCAACCAGAGACCCUCAGGUGUUGCAAAACUUUCUAGUUUUCUUGGCUGAACGUCGGAGCAACGACAAUAGCUGGAAAGGUUGUGGUACGUAGGGUGGAGAUACAUUCACGACUGGCAUUGAAAACAACUACCUAGCUAGUACUACAUAUUCAUACCCCACGUAGUAAGGUUCAACGUUCAGAACUCGCUGAUGUUGAGCCUUCAGCGACAUAUAGUCAACUGAAGAUACAUAUUCAGACUACUCCUAGCUUGAGGGCAUUGAA